AUGAUUUUGGAAGAAUGAUGACUCAAGGCACUUUUGUUUCUAGCUCAACUGAAUGUAACUGGUAAGAUGUGAUUGUAAAGUUGUAUCAUUUUCCCAUCAAAAUGACAAGUCUAUAUUAGGCAAACCUCCGCUCCUAUCUUGUUUGUCAACGUUGUAGACAACUAGAUUGUCUGUAUUUUUAUGGAAUUAUAACUUGAAUUCAUUCAUCCUAUGCAUCCUACCUCCCAUAUAGCAUCGCCACAUUGGUGUUUGUUAAUUUUCCGGAACAUGAAGGAUCAAGAAAAUGGCAUCCACACUAUGAUGCGAUAUGUUAUGCCUACCACAUUGUUGUGUUUAUCUACUAUACGCGAAACUUAAAUUAAAUGGCAGUUUUAAAAAUGGUACUGUGAAAUGCUUGUUCUUCAUUAUCCAUUUGUAUUUUUUAACUGCUUAUUCCAUUCAGGGUUGCAAGGAAAUGAAGCCCACCCCGGCUGACUGAAGUCAGGCAAGUGUAGAUCUUCAAUAUCAGUAUUACUCUGGUAAAUGGUGACCCCUGACUGGUAGUUAAACAUUGCUUGGAGUGCGUUUGUUGUAUUGUGCAGUGUUUUACUGCGCCCCCUGGCGACACUUUUGCUUUAUUGCAGCUCGUAGUUAACCCGAACCUGUCAGUGAUGAGGAAAACAUUUUAGACCUCAUACAGAUCUGCAGGGUUUGCCAGAAACGUUGCAAAGGAGCGGAAAUGCAAUGAGGUUUCAUCCCCUGCUGCUGCUGUUUUUUACAUCCUUGCAGAGUGCAACUUCUCAGGUGUCUGAAUGGAUCGAAGAGGUAGAAGUUAGUGUAGGUGACACCGAAUGGAUUGGCCAACCAGAUUUCCUAGGUGACCUCUACUGGUCAGGGACAGCCCCACUUUGUCUGCCGGGCUGCAAGGCGCGCCACCAUGAACUCAAGCGAGAUCCCUGUGGCGACUCAAGCUGCUGCUGGCUGGGUUACAAGUCUCUGUGCAGAGUGAACUGCGGGAAGCCAGAUGUGGAUUUUAAUGGAAUGGUGGAUGGAGAUGACUGGUGGGUGGGAUCUGUACUGAGGUACUCCUGUCUUCCUGGCUUCAUGCUAGUGGGAAACGACACCCGGACUUGCCAAUCUAAUGGCCUAUGGACGCCGAAACCUUUCUGCCUCAGAAUGUGCAAAAAGGGGUCCAUUGAAAUCAGUGAGAGGGAACUCAAUGGAACCUGCAACGCUACCUGUGAAUAUAAAAGCUACUCGGGUCCUCCCAAACAAGGCUGCGCUCAGAUACACAACUGCAAGAAGAAGGAGACCGGCUGGAAGCGUUUCUUCUCUCAGUGUAUCCCUUGCAUCUGCGACUGUGCUUUAUCAUGCCUAUCUGUAGGCUAAAUAAAGUAACAGGAGACAUCCCCUGCAGAACAGAAGGACAGCAGAUUGUUCAUCUGGUGUAACUGAGCUAUAAAGUCAACGCAAGUAACAUUAAUUGAGUCAAUCUUGAUAUCUUUAUUAUGCCUAUAUCUAUAUUAAUUGGACCGGGCCAAUCUUUGGAUUCCUCAACACAUUCCAAGAGAUGGUAUCAGCUUUUCUCAAAGCUUAUUAUUGAUCCAAGAAUCAGACUUGAUAUUUACAGUCUACAUUAGUGUUUAUGUGCACUUUAGUGUGUAGUUUAUUGUAAGUUAAACACACGAGAGGAAUGGAACUGUGUGGAUUAGUGGCUCCACUGCGUCGUCCAUCUGUCCCUCGGGGAUCUGAACCCUUAAUCUCAUUGCAAAAGGGCGGAGCAGCACUGUGAGUAGCUCACAGGGCACGUUUAACACAGACAAUGUUGUUGGAUAGUUUGUUUCUUUAAACACAGCACUGUAGAAAGGUAUGCAAAAAAAUGUCUUGCAAAAUGUUUCUUUUUUUAAGCUGUAUUUUAUUAAUAUUUUAGGGUCUGAUUUGUAAGGCACAUUUGGAUACUUCAUUACCAAUGUUAACCACCAGAUAGUGCUGUAUUUUUUCUAAACCUUACAUCGCCUUCUGCAUUAAAUCAAAAAGAAGUUAUCAGUUGACAGUGUCACAAAUGAUUCAGAUGAUGGCCCAACUCCUGAACCUCAGCACUAUGUGUUCAUCUUCCGCUGGUGUGUAGCAGCCAAUUCCUGUGAAAACACACGAAAGAAACAUGGUUGGAGGGGGCGUGGGGGGCACAUUUUUACUGCACAGUUAAUUUCACAUUCAUUUUCCAGUUACCUUGAAAAGUGGUUUAUUAAAACAAAGAAAAGAUUCUCAGUUUUUUUUCUUUUGUGGUAGGAGUGUGAAUUUUGAGGGGCAGUUGUGCCCAUUUUAUAUCAAUAAAGCAAUCUGCUUCUUCA